AUGAAGCUUAAGGUUUCAAUUAGAGAAGAAGAAGAAGCAAAGCGAGGGAUUGAAAGAUUUGGGAAGCCUAGGGUUUCAUUAAAGAAGAAGAAGAAGCAAAGGGAAGGAUUGUAUUUAGAAAGAGACAGAAACAAAGUUCUGUGGAAUUCGAUGAUAUUUGGGAAUUUGAAGAACGAAAAGUUAGACGAAAGAGUUUGUUUAUUCGGUCAAAUGGUGAGGUAUGCUGUUGUUCCUACUGAGUUCACAUACCUAAGGAUAUUGAACGCUUGUGGUAAAUUGGGAGAUUGUAGUCGUGGACAAGUUAUUCAUGCCCGAGUUAUUGUUUUGCAUAGUUGUGGUGACACCAAAAAUGGAUUUAAUGUCUUUAAUAAAAUCGAGAGCCUAAAUUUAGUUUCUUGGAACUCGAUGAUUUCUGGGUAUGCGAGAAAUGGAGAGGGAGAGGAUGCUAUGAAUAUGCUCAUCCAGUUGGUAGGAAUGUCAACUUCUAAACCUGAUGAAUAUACUUUUGUUGCUGUUAUUUCUACUACUGGUGCAAUUCCAGAAUUUCUUAUGGGAAACCUCUUUACGCUGGGGAUGAGAAGAAGAAAAGAUCUGGAUGACAGCGUAAUGUUGUAUAGCAUUGAGAAGCCACGUCCUGAUGGAAAAUUUCUUACACCUAAAGAAAGGCAGGCCAUCUUUGGGGAUUUCGUAGAGAGGUGUUUUAAUCUUCGCACUGAUGCUCAUCCUAUGGAAAUAUUUCGGCUCAGAAUAUCUGGAAACUAUGAUUCUUCCCGUGUAAGUGCAUGGAUUUCUUCAGCAGUUAGGGCCAGUGUUGGGGAGAUGCUUAUAAUUUCGAAAGAAACAGAGCUUAGCCUUUCUAGUUGUGAGACAUUAGUGGUUUUGAAAGUUAGUUGUUAUCGAAUUGCUUUUCAUGUCCAUCCAACCAUUUUAUGCUUUCCACGUCUGAAGGUCCUUCAUCUUUGCUGCGUUUUCCCAAUGCAUGAUGAUGCUUGCAUAGAGAGAGCAUUGCUAGGUUCCCCAGUCCUUGAAGAACUGAAAAUUGAAAUGGAAGGACGCUCACGGAAACGUUUGAUGAUGCAAUUCCUACCUGCUGAUGAUCAUCUUGAAGAAGUUGACCUUCCGGUUCAUAGGAUACUUACUAUUGAAACUCCGAACAUUAAGCUUCUUAAAUUCGCUGAUUUUGCAUCUGAGGAGUUAAGAAUAUCGCAGUGGGUGCAGUCACUAGUAGAGGCAACUGUCAGUCAGGGUCGGGUAACUGUUUUAACCAAAGAACCUGGUGAUUAUGCAGACAUGGUGGUUGGGUUUUUUGAACGGAUCUCUGAUGUUGAGAAUCUAGUUUUGUCUGAUUUAGCUAUGAAAACUUUAAAAGAUGCAGAUAAACUGGGUUUGCCUACUUUCUGGGAUUUGACUCGUUUGGAGUUGAAGCUAGAUUACGACACGGAAACUUCUCAUCAAUGGCGAGAUCCAGGAAUUAAUCUGCUACCCCAUUGCUUGCCGUCAUGCCUUGAGGUGAUUGAGCUUAAAGAUUUUACAGGGCAGUCAGAAGAGAUGAAAAUGGUGGAAUAUUUCUUACGGAAUGCUGAGGUCUUGAUGAAAAUGGCAAUCAGAUAUGAGAAGGGGAUUGAUAAUUCAAAAGAAGUAGUUGUCGAGAGGUUAUCAAAUUGUCGUAAGGGCUCCAAACAUGCUUAUCAAAUUGAGUUUUUGCCUUGA